CGAAAAGCUCCCUAUAUCCAGCUGCGAAAUCUCGCAAACUCCUACGAGAGUACUAUCAAAGAUACCUAGGUACAGACGCUUAUUACCUAUUACUCCUUGAUACUCGAGUACUUUAUAUGAUGUACGUACCCUACACGGCUUGCGCUCCUCUCCCGUCAUUCACUUUUCGUCCGGUUGAGUAGUAAGCAGCCUUGACUGCAGUGCAAUGGCGAUAGCCCAACUCUUGAGGGGGACUUGUGACUUCACAGGUUGAGGAAACUCCCUGAAAACCAUGGACCCUACAAUCGUCACUGCCAUCAUCCAAGAGCCCGCGUUCCGCCUCCUAACGACCUUGAGAUAUGUCCAGUUCAACCACGUCGAAGUGGUAGAGUCGUUACCAUUGAUCCACGAAUGGAAACGAGCAGAGCUGGACCUUCUCUCCUUGAGCAGGCAUCGACUGCAUGCCGCAGCUCAGGCUUGUUUCGGCCCGCAAUCUGAAGUAUCCAAGAAGUUCAAGGCAGAUGGAGCCGAGCUCGUUCUCAGAGAUGCCAUUGACGAGAUCACAGCAGCACGGCAUCCGGAACCUGCCAAGAGUUACUUCCGGGAUCUUCGAGUGCGUGUGCUGGUCGGCGGCGACGGCCAGGUUGACAUUGAGAGUGUGCCUAUGGGAUUUGAGAAACCACUGUCACUGUUGGAGAACGAUACUUUCCACCGUGUCCCGCGGGCAACGUGGUCCUUUGCCAACUCUGACUCUGAAGAUUUUCCCUUCGCAAAGGUCUAUAUCGAUAGCGUGCCUACUUCAACCAGCAUCUUCACCAGACACAAGACAACGUUUCGACAGCCAUAUGAUGAGGCGCGAUCGCGAGCCGGCAUCGUCCACACACCACCCACGGACGCCGAGGUCCUACUGUUCAACUCGCGAGGCGAGAUCACAGAGGCAAGCGUUUCCACGCCGUAUUUUUUCCGCGGUGAUGGCCGGGGCGGCUACGCAUUGGUCACCCCGAGUUUGCAAUCUGGUGGGAUGAUCGGCGUGACCCAAUCCAAAGCGUUACGAGAUGGAUUUUGUACCAUGGACGUUGUCACACUGGACGACCUGCAGUUGCGGCACGGUGAUGUUAUUUGGUUAAGCAAUGGAGUCAGGGGCUUCUUUCGGGGCAGAAUCCACAAGGAAUAGCCGUCGGAUCUGCACUGAAGAAUACUUUUCCUAGGUAAUAGAACAUAGUGGUGAUCUGAAUGUUUGAUUGUGGUUCCCGGACAGGUCUUGCUACAAUCGCGUACUCAGGGCUAACCCGCAGAUGAAUUUCCUCAAAUUGGUGAAAGUAAUUAUGUCGUGCCGCCACUCAUACCUGUUCUUGUAAAAGCCAACCAACCUCCUAUGCUUUUCAACAGAAACUCU